AUGCAAGAUCACCUCUCGCCACGGUCACCAGCCUCUGAUCCGUUGAAAACCCAUAAAAGCCGGCCUCAAUCCUCCUCUUUCCAAACCAUCCUCAUCCCCGCAUCCCCACCCCACCAGUUCACCAUCACAUCUAACACACAUUUCUUGGAUUCCUUUUCUUGUACCCUCAUACCUUCAACCAUGCCACCCCAAAUCCCUCAAUCAACCCGACCGAAGACCAAGAAGCCAUUGAUUCCGUGGGAUUGCAACGGAGUUAAUGGAGGCAAGUCUAGCAUCGAAAUUGCUCUGGAAUGGCUUGCUACCGGUACCAACUAUGAGCUUUGGCAAGGCGAUGGAGAAAGGGGUAGAACAAAGACUAGGUUAUGCUCAGAGAUUUUCCAAAUGAUGAACCUCAGGGGGAUCACUCAUAAAGACACUAAAGUUACAAGCUUUCAUUACUUCUCUUAUUCCUUAUUUAUUUACAAUGUCUGA